CAUCAGGUAAAGGCCGGGAGUAGGCCUCUCUCGUGCGCUUUCUGUUGACCAUCCUUGUCCACGCACUUCUUCUUUGCUCCAUACCCUCGUUCGUCGCCAGUCAUCGUCGGGAUAUGGCAAACAUGGAGACAGCGACGGUGACGUCUGGGACGGCCGCCGUUCCAGUAUUUCCGCCUCUCACAACCACAUUUACACCGCCGGCCGCAUGCGCAACACAGUUCAUGAUGUUGCAGAUUGAUCAGAAUCAGAUAUGGAUGAACCCGCUCACGCCUGCCAAUGGUAUUACAGCAACAUCGUGCUAUGCUAGUCAGUGGCUACAAUCUUCCUCACAGGUUGCGUUCAGCCCUCUGGUCUGUCCUUCGGGAUAUCAGACGCAAACUGCCUUUGCUAGUCCUGCGGGGUAUAUAGCUUGCUGUCCUGACGGCUUCGAGGGCCUCAGUCUCACCGCUAACGCUCCAGACAACCGGCCCGCCUCUGGCGCGACUUGCUACUCCGGUAUCUUCAGUAGCGCCAUACUUGUAACAGAGUAUAACAGCAGCGCGAUAGUCACUUCUACAGUACUCACAGCCACGGAUUUCAACGCUCAGGUGUAUGCUUAUGCCUAUGAUGGCUUCGCCGCAUCGUCAGGAGCAACAUCUUCAUCAAAGAAGCCAUCACAAAAUUCUGGCUCAUCAGGUGCAUCGUCCACAUCUACGCCAGGCUCGCAAUCGACUUCCAGCUUAGGUGGUGGCGUCAUCGCGGGUAUAGUCGUAGGCGUCAUCGUAGCGAUCGCUCUGUUCGUCGGCCUUGUGGGAUUCUGUCUGCAUAGACGACGGAAACGAAAUCAAGAAGAAAAUGCCGUUCACGAGGUGCAUGGAGAAAGCACAGCACAUGGCACCCGCGACUCAGCCGGCGGAUUCGACAGUGCUGCUGGGCAUGAGUCAAAAGACAAAAAGAACAGGCGUAUCAGCGAGCUGUCUGCUGAGCGGAGGACGUCCGAACUAGCUGCAAGUAGCACGCCCUUACUUGAGUUGCAGGAGAUGGAGUGGGAUCCAGCGACCAAAGAAAGAGAAAGGGAGGAGAAGAGAAGAAGAGAAAGCGGUGUUCUUGGAGGAACAGAGAGAGACGCUGGCUAAUAGGCCAGCACCACUGGCUAUCCUGGACUUAUUUGUUAAUCUGUGAUUCCCUACGAUUCGUCGUCUUUUCUUGGUGGUCGAAAUUCACGCUUGAUCUCGCGUUUACGAGCGUGUGAUACCCGGCAGACCGAAAUGGGACUAGUCAUCGCUGCUGCGCUUUUGAUUCGGGUUUUGGAUAGUGCUUUUGAGGCGAGUUUGCAUGGAGCGUUCUUUUCUCCCCUAAUUCAAUAGCUGCUUUUUUUCCGCCAGCUCAUUCAAGCUGAGGCAUGAUCCCGUACGAAUGAUACCCAUCAUAGGACCUCCGAUUGGGACCGCGGAAUACGCGCCUUACACCGUAAUGGGAUAAAUUUUC